GACAAGCUUCAGCAAAAGGUUAUGAGGCUGCGAGCACGUGGGAGAGCUGCAACCUGCAAAGGCGUUUGAUGAGCGUUGCGCAGACCAAACACAUUUCGAGCAACGAUGAUAAGAUAAGAAAUCCGAUAAAAGAUAAGAGUGUCAGAACUCAGCUGCUUGAGUGAGUUGCGGGGAGAAAAGCUGAAGGUGGGGCCUGCCCUCGUCAAAAACCCGCAACAGGCCGGCAAGUCACGGGACCGGGUCAAAUUUCGACCGUGCACCCACACUUGCACGGCAGCCCUGGGCGAAAUUGUUGCAAAUUCGCGAAAACCAAAGAGAGAGGCAGCUGGCCCACGACACCACACGUCAACCACACCACAUCACGACCCCAUCCAGCCGUCAAAAUGGUGAACGUCCCCAAGACCAGAAAGACCUUCUGCAAGAGCAAGGAGUGCGGCAAGCACCAGCUCCACAAGGUCACCCAGUACAAGGCCGGCAAGGCUUCGGCCUUCGCUCAGGGAAAGCGCCGUUACGACCGCAAGCAGAGCGGUUACGGUGGUCAGACCAAGCCCGUCUUCCACAAGAAGGCGAAGACCACCAAGAAGAUCGUUCUCAGACUGGAAUGCUCCGCGUGCAAGGCCAAGAAGCAGCUCCCUCUCAAGCGCUGCAAGCACUUCGAGCUUGGUGGUGACAAGAAGACCAAGGGUGCUGCCCUCGUCUUCUAAAUGCGCUCCGGCUGGAAAUGUGGGUGGUGAAGAUUUGAAGACAUUGGCUCUGGUUUUCGGGAUUUGCCUGCAUGGGAAUUUGCCGCGCCAUGUCGUGGAGCAUCACAAUAUGAUUUCGAUGUUGACAUGGGAAUACCGGGCAUAGAGGAUCAUGUACAUGGGCAUGGGUGGUUUCGGUCGCGGGACAACAAGCAACAAUACCAUCCUCGGGGCGUUUCGUCUGCGCUUUUUCACGAACACUGCUUCCAGUUUCCUCACACUUCAACGACCGAACAAGCGCCCUUGGUGCAGUGACCGCAACUGUUUUGUACGCAUGUCGGGGCUGGUGGCUACGACGAAUGUGAGGUUGGGCGGGAACUGGGAAUCCCGUUAGCCAAGAAAACGGGCCAAUGUCUUUUUGAAGCUGAAUAAAUUAAGUGGACGCACCAAACCUACUCCCACCAUCGUUUCCCACUCCCAUUCUUGCUGUGUAUCCAGAGCCCCGAACGCCGUAGAACAGGUUUCCCUUCGCUGC